AUGAAAAAAUUUGCAUGCAAUGUCGAGAUGAUGACAUAUAUUACGAUGAAUAAACAAUCUGACGUUAGCGAUGCUGUUCGAGCAAGUGCCCCAAUUCCUCAAAAUGAUGAACUGGUACGUGUUUCUAUACGAGUGGACAACGAUUUUACGCCCUUGAGUCAACAUCGUGAAGCCCCUGCCAAGAAGCGAUUGUGCAAGUCAAGCGAGCCCAAGCGAAAACUAAAUUAUCAGACAGCAGAUGACCCAUAUCUCAUGGAGCUUUUAGAAUCUGAACCGAACGUAAAUGAAAACCAGUCGUGUACAGAUUCAAAUAGUAACCAGGAGUUUCAAACUCCAUUUCAAAGAUAUUUGAAAAAAAUGGAAUCAGAGUUGGAAAAUAAAAAUGCAAAGCUACCCAAAAUCAACUUGCUCGAGUUAGAUCACAUACAAAUGAUGGAAAUAUAUGCCACAACAGCCAUUUAUGCCUCGGACAUACGGCACGUAAAUGUGAUUACGGAAAAUGCAUGUCAGUUUUCAGCUGCGGCGAGGCGAAGUUGCACCCCGGUGAACUAAGCCGAACCAAACAGGUGAGGUCCAAUAUGCAGAAAAUUAGAAAUGAAAUAAGUGGGCUUGAGAGAAAUAUUGCACAACAACAAGACACAUCUGAACAAAUAAAGCAAACACUUGUUAACAGAAUUGAGAAGAGCCUCCUCCAGGAGGACGAAGCAAAGUAUGUGUGUAAUGGUCACAAGAACUGGCAACUUAUUUGAAGACAUGUUUACUUGAUUGAAGGUUAUUGUAAAAAAAACUUUGGAGGCAAAAUACCACCAAAGCACAAACUUUCAGAAAUCUUAAAUAGUGCCUUGAACGAAAGACAAACAAGUACAUGUACAACCAUCAAACAAGCGAAGUCAAAAGGGAAUCAUACAAAGCAAAUACUAGAAAGGUGUGGUGUUGAUUUUCCACUUGAUCCCGAAACAAAAUGUGAAAAAUCUUCCAUCCAUCGAUGCGCCCCUGGCAAUCCAGAAGAAGAACAGGAACAGCUUCAUAUGGUCCUUAAACAAAGUAUGUUUGAUAUGAAUAAACCGACGCCACAACCUCCACAAACGGUCAUUUACCAACCAGUUUUCCCACCUUUUUCAACAUUACCCAGCGUUUAUAACAAUUUUUUACCAAAUAUUAGUGAACAACCUUAUCCGAUGCAUAUGGUAACAGAAGAGCCAGAACCUCGGUCAGAACAGCAUGCUGAAACUGUGUCGGACGCUCACGGAGAUGAUAACGAAACAGCUGAGUUAUUGUUGUCCUUUAGAAACUCUUCUAAUCAACAGUAUUAA